AUGAUUGUCUCCCCGCAAUCCAUCAUUGUCAUCACGUGGCUUGAACCAAUGGGAGGACUAAAAGCAACGCGGCCAGUGCCCUCGCAUUGGGAAACCACGUUCUGCUACCACAACUUCCAUAAGCGCAAGAGCAAUCACUCAUUGAACGGCUGUUAUAUCACUAUCAAGAAUGCCGGAGCAACCAUCAAGAACGACCAGACCAGGGGCAACAGAUAUGGGUUCUUUUCCACCUACCAGCACAAUGUCUUCCUCAAGCAAGAGAGGGUUAACGACCGCUGGACACUCUUCUAUUCGGCAGUUAUCCAAGAUAUGCCCACCGAGAGCGCAAUGGGUCUGACCGUGCGACAGUGUUUCUUCUUUCUGGGGGUGGCGGGGAGCCAAGCGCUCCCAGAAAGCAACUCAACGCCCGAUACACUGUGGUGGAAGGAUGUAACCAAGAGUUGA